AUGGUUACAAUAUUAAAAGAAUUGACAUUAUCCGGAUGUGCGUUCAUACCAACCGAUUCUGACAUGAAAAGUGACUUUUACAUUUCAAGUGAUAACCCGUGUACGAUUUUUUUGGAGCAACCUCUAUUGUUAUUAAUGACUGAAAUGUCUGAAGCAAACAGCUUUGUCCUAACCAUUCGAUCGGGCGGUGAAACGGGAGUUGAUAGAGCAGCUUUGGAUGCCGUCUUAAAUUACAAUGCUACAAAAAACUUACCUAACCUCGACAAUAAUGCGAAAAAAUCCUCGUCUUCUCUGUCUGUUCAAGUCACCGGUUGGUGUCCAAAGGGACGACUUGCAGACGAGGGUGAAAUUCCAUCAAAAUACCCACUCAAUGAAACACCAAACAAAGAAUUUUCUCAAAAAAUUGAAUGGAACGUCCGGGAUGCGGAUGCCACUUUGGUUUUGUCAUCGUCUACCACCUUACAACCUGAUACGGGAACGAACUUAACCCUCAAAGCGACUAAAAAAAUGAAUAAACCGUGUCUACCUAUUUUUCUUGAUGGUGAUACAGAGACCAACGCCGGUGAGGUUCUUCGCUGGAUGAAUGACAACAAUGUUAAGGAUUUGAAUGUAGCUGGACCGUGUGAAAGUUAUUGUCCUGGAAUUCAUGCUAACGCGCGUCACUUUGUGACUUCCUUGUUAGAGAUGUUUGAGAGAAAUAAUGAAGCUGGGUUGUUGUUAAGUUAA